UAGAACCUGAGAGAACUUGAGAGGAGCAACUACUGUUGCAAGAGACAAAUACAUGGCACGCCUCCGAUGAUGUUCACCGCUAUGGUCGCACUAUGGCUGCCCCCGGCGUCGGCGGCACCGCCCCGUGUGCUCCACGACGCCCUCGUCCGCGCCGGCCCCGAGGCGGUCGUCCACCGCUUCGAAAGCGGAUCGUCGGCGCGCUACUUCAGCGUCGUGCGGGUCGGCGGCGCGAAAAACUGGCCGACGCGCGAGACGUUCGUGUUCGCCCGGCGUGCCUCCCCGACGCACGUCGGCGGCAACGAGCACGAGUGGGUGUCGUUCUGGCGCGACUGCGACGCGACGCUCCGCGGGACCGAAAAGCAAGCCUCUGGCUGCUUCGCAAGCAGUCAAAAUCUGACGAACGUCCGGAGCCCGCGCGAGACGAACUGGGCACACAACACGGCGCUGCUCUGGGAUGCGGGCGCUGUGUACGCGCUCGGCGGUCGCGAUAACCCGACGCACCACCGUUCGUACGCCGGCGUCAGAAUCGGAAAGUCCCCACGUAUCACUCCUUAGACGCAGGCGUCCGCGAUGGGGCCUACUCGCGCACUUACGAGACCCAGUCCCGGCUCGACGCGGCUGCGCGAGCCUCGGCGCCUUCGACACGGCGCCUGCCGCCGCCGGAGGACCUGAGGGGCACGCCGGCCCUCCGCGGCGCGCACGCGGGCUGCGUCGAAAAGCGACCGCAGUUCGCGCCAAAUUGCGAGUUCGACGGACGUUUCUCGCUCGCAAGACUUGGAUCGACGUAUCACCUCUUCGCGCGCGCCAACCUCGUCGGCGAGAAGGGCGCGCGUGGCCACUUCGGCGGCCGGUUCGUGCAGAGCGCGGCGUCGACGACGUCCCCCCGAGGCCCGUUUGGCGCUUUCUCCGUCGUCGACGUCCCCGGCUUCCGCGCGCCCUUUGCUCGAGCGCUCAACGUUUACUUUGCAGCCGUUACGUCGAACCCAGCGGACCCGGAUAACUCGCUCGUCGCGCUGUUCCCGCUCAGGGACGAAGGACUGGCAAUUCUGGGUCUCGGCGUCUCGUGCGACGGAAAGCGCUUCUCGAGGCUCGCCGUCCUCGCGAACACGACCGACGCCGGCGACUUCCGCACUGCCGACCACCCGGCGGACGGAGUGCUCGUUGAUGAUACGUCGCAGACAGCGCUCUUCUUCGUGCACCGCAACGUGCCGUCGAUCGGCAACGUGACAGGGCCCUCGGCGCUCACGCGCAUCCCGAUUACGCUAAGCUCGCUCCGCGCGUUUACGCGAUCACAGCUCCCGGCGGGCUGCCCACGAAGGCCGUGAGUGGCGAAAGGGGGGGUCUGGUUAAAAUUUCGAAGGCCCCUA